AAAUUCCCUCCACACAUGAUUUACAAUGUGGAUGAAACAGGCGUCGUUACAGUUCAAAAGCCACGGCAGGUUGUGACAGAGAAAGGAAAAAAGCAAGUUGGUUCUAUCACAUCAGCUGAGAGAGGAGUACUGGUGACUGUGGUGUGUGCAGUGAAUGCUGUUGGGAAUGCCAUACCUCCCAUGUUUGUCUUCCCCAGAGUUAGGUUUAAGGAUGACUUCAUGAUAGGAGCACCUCCAGGAGCCAAAGGUGCCUCCACCAGAACAGGAUGGAUGAAUGAAGACACCUGGCCUGAGUUCCUUGAUCACCUGAUACAGCACACUCAGUGCACUCCUGACCGUCCCAUGCUGCUAAUCCUUGAUAAUCUUAAAGCUCACAUCUCACUCAAGGCAGUAGAAAAAGCAAAGAGCAACAGUAUUGUUAUGCUCACCCUUCCACCCCACACAUCCCAUCGCAUGCAGCCUCUCGACGUGACCGUGUAUGGCCCGUUAAAGACCCUAUACAACCGAGCUCUUGAUGGGUGGAUGAGGUCUAACCCUGGCAAAACAGUCUCCAUCUACCAGAUUGCAGGACUUGUGAAUGAGGCCUUCUUGUCAGCAGUGACACCACGGAAUAUCACUUCUGGAUUCAAGUCCACUGGGAUUUUCCCAUAUAACAGAGAUAUUUUCCCUGAGGAAGCGUUUGCACCAUCCAUGGUGUCAGACCGGCCAAACCCUGAGCUGCAGCCUGCAUCCACUGGUCCAUCCACUUCAGAUGAUCCAGAUGGUCCACUCCCUGCAGAUGAACCACCUGCUGCAGAUGCUAAUCCAUCCACUCCGCGUGGUCCACAUGGAUGUGCCUCGCCAGCUGACUCAGAUGUUCCCAGCCGACCUGGAUAUGUGUCUCCUCGUGAAAUCCUACCACUUCCCAAAUGUCCCCCCAGAGCACAAACCAAAAGAAAGCGUGUGAAGACAGCCAUCCUAACAGAUACUCCUGAGAAGCAGGCAAUAGAAAAGGCUUAUGAAGAGAGACAAAAGAAACUGGCAGGGAAAAAACUAAAUAGCAAAGAAAAGGGAAAACUGAAAAAGAAAGCACCCAAAAGGAAAAUCAUAGAUAGCAGCUCUGAGGAGAGUGAUGUCCCUGUCCCACUUGAUGAUGAGAGCCCUGAGGAUGAGAGAAGUGAUCCUGGAAACACAGAUCUGAACGUGGGUGACUUUGUCCUAGUUAACUUUGCAACCAAACACAGGAGUCUCCGUUACGUUGGCAUGGUUGAGAAAGUUGAGGAUGACGAAAUACUUACACAAUUCCUCAGAAGAAUCCAGGGAAACAAGAAACAGUGGGAGAGACCCACGUUUGCUAUAAAAGAAAAUGAUGUGGCACAUGUUCCUAAAGGUGAUGUGGUGAAGAAGCUGCCUCAACCUAAUAGGCCUGGAGGAACCACACAGAGAGAGCAACUCUUCACCUUUCCCUGUAACCUUUAG